AUGCCGGGCUACUUUGACAACGCCCUACCAACCGAGCAAUCGCUGGAUCUCGGCUUCUCCGUUGUCUCGCAAAAGGUCGAUUUCACAGUCAACUUUGCGAAGCAGGCCAUCUCUGGUUCUACCGAAAUCACAAUCCAGCCUGAAAUCAAGGACCUCAAAACCAUACGUUUAAACUGCCGCCAGGCCCGUAUCCUGAGUGCUACCGUCGAAGGUUCGAAAGCACAAGUCACCUACUCAGAUCCUUACCAGAAGAUCAAACUCCCAGGGAUAACAACCGCCCAUCAGCAUGAAUACCUCCGUACCAAGAUUGAGGGCGCCAUCAAGCAAUCCCCGGACCCAGAGCUAGCGUUGACCAUUCCAUCGCGCGUCACAAUAAAGGAGCUGAACAGCGAGUCUUCGUCAACCUUGGCCAGAGACAGCCUCAAAAGACAAGAAAGCGACUUCCCUGCGCAAGCCGACACUCCGACUGCAUCACACGCCCAGGAGCCGACGCUAAGGUAUGCCCCUCUACGAGUUGUCAUCGACUUCGAAGUCACAAGUUUUCGCGACGGUCUCCACUUCGUCGGGUUCUCGGAACAGGAUUCGCGAUAUCCUCAUUUAUACACAAGAAAUACUCUGGGCCCGGGCGCCAUCUGCUCUGUCUUCCCGUGCGUUGACGAUGUCACAUCCCGCUGUAUGUGGGAGAUCUCCAUACGCUGCCACAAGACAUUAGGCGAUGCAUUCAGAAAAACAUCGCAAAGAAGUAUUACCGAUGGAGACGUGGACAUGAUCGGGGCCGACCAGAAAGACAAGAAGUCGCGGGAAGAGUACUCGAUCAAUCUCAGCGAGGAAGAAAAAUCCUUGGAUCUGAGUAUCGUGUGCUCUGGUGAAAUGACAGACGAUAUUAUUGACCCCCAGGAUCCUACUUGGCGGACAGUCUCAUUUGCCUGCUUUGCUCCCGUUACUGCUCGCCACAUCGGCUUUGCCAUCGGUCCUUUCGAGCAUGUUGACCUUACUGAUUUCAGAGAAGUUGACGAGGAUGACAAGCUUGGACAAAAUGCCAUCAAAGUAGAUGGCUUCUGUCUGCCAGGCAGAGCAGAAGAGCUACGAAACACCUGCAUGCCUAUGGCCAAGGCGAUCGACUACUUUACCGUUAACUACGGUUCAUUCCCGUUCUCCAGCUACAAGCUAAUCUUUGUCGAUGACUUGGUGCAAGAUGUGGUACACACCGCAUCUCUGUCUAUCUGCAGUACGAGACUGCUCUUCCCAGAAGACAUCAUCGAACCGCUGGACGCGAACACUCGAGUGCUCGUUAACGCUCUUGCGAGCCAAUGGGUUGGUGUCAACAUCAUUCCCAAAGAAGCUCGAGACAUGUGGGCCAUCACCGGUAUCUCAGGAUUCAUGCGCGACACAUUCAUGAGGAAGCUGGCCGGCAACAACGAGUACCGCUACCAACAGAAACUCGCUUCCGAACAGGUGUUCGAGCAAGAUGUUGAACGUUAUAGCAUACAUCAACUCGGCGCUCAGCUUGACAUUGACCCUUCAGAGUACGAAUUCAUGGCUCUAAAGUCAGCAGUCGUCCUCUUCAUCCUGGACCGUCGACUCACAAAGGCAAGUGGAGCGGCUGGUGUGGCACGCAUUAUCGUCAGGUUAUUGUUGAACGCGAAGACGGGUGACCUUCAGAACGGUGAACUAUCCACGGAUUGGUUCCACCGUCUCUGUGAGAAGCUUGGACACACCAAACUUGAUGCGUUCUUUAAGCAGUGGGUAUAUGGCGCUGGUUGUCCCCUGUUCAAGGUAAACCAGCGUUUCAACAAGAAGAAGUUGGUCGUGGAGAUGAACAUUUACCAAACGCAACGCGAACGAAAGAUCAAGCCUGAACUUCAGCCGUCUAACUUCAUGAGAGAGGCUAAAGAACAAGUCUCGGAAGUAUGGGCCCCUGAGGUCUCGGAUCCCUUUACUGGGCCUAUGACCAUUCGUAUUCACGAAGCCGAUGGUACACCAUACGAACACAUUGUGGAGAUCAAGGACACGCACACCAAGAUCGAGAUUCCGUACAACACCAAGUACAAACGCUUGAAAAGAUCUAAACGGGCAAAAGAGCGGGCUAUGGCUGUCAACGACAAUGACCUUGGCGAUCAAGCCGAGAAUGACGUGCUACUAUACUGUCUUGGUGACGUGCUUCAGUCAGAAGAUGAAGUCAAAGACUGGCGUUUGGUCGACUGGGGCAAAGAAGAGGAAGACCGAAUGGGCCAAGAAAGUUACGAGUGGAUUCGUAUGGAUGCCGACUUCGAAUGGAUUGGCAAGAUCGACCUGAUCAUGCCAAUUUACAUGUAUGUCAGUCAGUUGCAACAAGAUAGAGAUGUUGUUGCACAAUACGAGUCGCUUCAGCAUGUCCUGAAGCAGAACGCACAUCCUCUGAUGUCGACAAUUCUCGUCAGGACAUUGAUGGACCGCCGAUACUUCCACGGCAUCCGUACACUGGCAGCCGAGGGCUUGACCAAAUGCGCCACGCCUAGCUUGAAUUGGGUUGGUCAGUACCAUCUCGAGAGAGCAUUCCAGGAGUUCUUCUGCUUCGCGGAUUCGUCCAUGCCUCGCGCCAACGACUUCUCGGAUCGCAUGAGCUACUUGAUUCAAAAAGCCAUACCAAUUGCGUUGUCACAUGUCAAAGAUGAGCGUGGUAAGGUACCGAUGAGUGUGAGGAGGUUUUUCGUUGACAAGCUCAAGUUCAACGACAACUCCAAUAACGAGUUCUCCGACUGUUACUAUGUAUCCACACUCAUGCGAUGUCUCGCCGAAUCUCUGGUCGCGUCUACAGCUCCACAGCAGACCUUCGCCAUCAAUCCUGACGACGAAGACGAUCUGAUGCAAGAAGCCAUCGAAGACGAGAAGUUCCAAAAGGAAGCCAUAAACGAGCUCGAACGCUACCGUCGCAUCGAUGAAUGGAUCUCUUCUUAUCAGAACACAUAUUCUGUCACGGCACUCGAAUGCAUGCGGAAGCUGCUGGAACAUGGUGUCGUCAAGAACAAGAAGGCCGACAUUCUACAAUACACACAGACUGGCAACGCAGAUGAGGUCCGGCUCGCAGCAUGGGACUCCUUGGUCCAACUCAAACUUGCCAGGCGGCCACAGAUCUUGAAGUAUCUACUGUACUCGCUAUGUGACGAUCCUUCACCCUACUUCAGAGAUCAACUUCUGCAAGUACUGGGCCGGGCUCUAGGAACUAUUGCGCUUAAGUCACAAGAGGUCGAGAAGCCAGCUCCCAAGCUUAUCGAAACUGGGGGCCUUGUCCUCGAGCAGGAGGAGCCGUUGGCCGUUCAACCAGUACCGCUCGACGUAAUGGGCAAGAGUCCUCCAGAGCUUGCUCUGAUCGCGCUCAAAGCUGCCCUUAUCAACGACGAGGUGUUCAAAGCAUCAUUGUGGCAUGUCAUACAAUCACCGACGCUCGCCAUACCUGAGGUCGUCUCGUUCCUGGACAUUGCGGCCCUGGUCUAUGAUCCAUCAAACGGCCUUGUUGUGCGUCUUCGCCUGCCUCGUUAUUACAAUGUUAAGCACGUUGGCAAAGCCAAGAUGCAAUUCACAGAGAAGGAUAAGUUCCGAACAACGCCAUUUACUGGUCUUGGUCUAGAGGAGUUCGAAAUGGUGCAGCAGCAUGGCAUCAAGUACACUGGACCACUUGCGAAGGAAACCAAAGAGUACAUCAAAAACAAGAAGCAUGAGAAACAAAGACUGGAAGAUGAAGUCGCUGCCAUACAAGAAGAGCUCUACAGGAAGACGCAAGUACACGAUCAGGCUCCGGCUCCUGUAGUACCAAGACCUCUUCAGGCACCCCCGACCGCCAUGUCUCCGCCACCUCUGCCAAUAUCAACUCCGGGUGGGUCUAUGAAACUCACUCUGAAGCGCAAGCAGAGUACGACAGCCGAGCCACGCGCGACUAGUCCUAAGCGCCCGCAUCUCACGCUGCCGACCACAAAUGGCACGUCGGCAACACCAAAGGUGGAAAAGAGCCCGAGUAUCAGUUUGGGAAAGGUACAUGCACAAACGCCAUCUCGCACUGUAUCUGGCACCUCCGCACCUACCUCAGCCACAGUGUCCAGAAAGCCUACACCAAGCGAUAAGCCCGGCAAAUCGAAGGUUCUUCGCCUGAAAAUCACAAAGCAGAAACGUCUGCAAAGGAUCCUGGCGCAGCCACCUCAACCAGGUAACAGACCGCAAAAACAGCGACCCGCCAUCCCCGCCAAGAUCAACACAUCGUCUUCGGCGCGUCCCAGCCCUGCACCUACAGCAGGUGGAGGCUCAAAAGACCAUAGUGGCAGCAAUGGCGAUUACUUUGCCAGCCCGGAGGUCACCACCGCAUUGAAUACAGGUACAAGCGUUGGCGCUUUCAGGAGCUGGAAUGGCAUGAGUGCCAUCAAGCAGGAAACCGACUCCGCUCCCAUAAGCGCCAUCAGUCCCAUGACGACAAACCAUCCGAUAAAGAGCAAUGGCACCACCACCGCCACCAACAGUCCCCGCCCCUCAGAAGGCGCAGAGGAGAAGCAGAAGCCAAAGUUUAAGCUUAAAUUUGGCAAGAAGCCCCCGGUCUAA